GUCAAAACUUCCGGGGGUUGUUGAUUUCUCAGCUGUCGCUGGCUUUCUUUAACUGUCUAUGGUCGCUGGCUGGUCAUCAGGAAGUAUUUGUCCUGAAUUGUUUUAAUCUAAUAUUCAACAGCGUUUUUUUGUUACUGUAAACAUAUUUUGAUAUAAAGUGUUGUUUAGUUGUCUCAAACCGGUGUCUGAAGUGAUGCAACAUGGCAGCAACCCCUCUUAAAAGGUGUUUUCUCUCAGCACUAAGGAGACAUAAUCGGUGUCAGAACCGUGGAUUUAACUCUUUGGCAGAGAGGAAAGUCAGCCGGGUGUCCUCUGUUGUGAUAUGUAACCACAUGGGAGCCGAGGGGAACGCAAGCCUGGACAGGGGACCCCCGGGGGAGUGGGACAGAAAAAGGGGUCGGGACAACAGCAGCUGUCCUCUGUUAAAGUCACUCUCGGUGGGCUUGGGAGUCUGUGGUGCGGCACUUGUGCACAGUCAAAAAGAGGAAAAAGUGAAGAAUGGAAGCGUCUCAAUUUCCGGGCGGUUUUUUUUUAACUUGAUUCUCCCAUCAGCUGAGUGUGCUUCUCCCUUUAAACCUGAUAGUCCCCGGUAUAAAUACAACUUUAUUGCAGAUGUGGUCGAAAAGUCCACUCCAGCUGUCGUGUACAUUGAAAUCGUAGGCAGACACCCAUUUUCAGGAAGAGAAGUCCCAGUGUCAAAUGGCUCCGGUUUCAUUAUAAGCAGUGAUGGUCUCAUCGUCACCAAUGCUCAUGUUGUGGCUAACAAGAGAGGCGUCCGCGUGAAGCUCACCAACGGGGAGAUGUACAAUGCCACUGUGCAAGAUGUCGAUCCAGCGGCAGACAUUGCCACCAUCAAAAUUACUGCGAGGAAUCCUUUACCCACGCUCACCCUUGGUCGGUCGUCUGAUGUUCGACAAGGAGAGUUUGUGGUUGCCAUGGGAAGCCCGUUUGCAUUACGGAAUACAAUCACAUCAGGAAUCGUCAGCUCAGUACAAAGAGGCAGUAAGGAGCUGGGCCUGUCCAACUCCAACAUGGAUUACAUCCAGACGGAUGCAGCCAUUGAUUUUGGAAAUUCUGGAGGUCCCCUGAUUAACUUGGAUGGUGAAGUCAUUGGUAUAAACACCAUGAAGGUCACCGCAGGAAUCUCCUUUGCUAUUCCAUCUGAUCGCCUGAGACUUUUCCUUGAUCAAGCAGCAAAAAAAAAGAAUACUUGGUUUGGUGAAUCAAAGACAAAGCAGCGGUACAUUGGUGUAAUGAUGCUGACACUGACGCCGAGCAUCAUUGCAGAGUUGAAGUUAAGAGACUCAUCCUUCCCAGAUGUGACACAUGGCAUCUUAAUUCACAGAGUGAUCAUGGGCUCCCCGGCCAACAGAGCUGGGAUGAUACCGGGAGACAUUGUGUUGGAGAUUAACGGAGUGAAGGUGAAAACCUCAGAGGAGAUCUACCAGGCUGUCCGCAGCAGUGACCAAAUCACCAUGGUGGUGCAGAGAGGAGACGAGUUGCUUCGACUGCAAAUGACUCCAGAGUGUACAGAGUGACACUAUUGCUAUACAAUUUAAUUUCUUGACUUCAAGUUAACCUGAGGAACAGACGGUCACAUGAUUAGUUUGUGUCUUAAUGUACAAGUUUGACUUCCAGUAUUUGAUGACUUGUUAAAUGUUUUGUUGAUACCGGAAAGAACAUUACAGCGACAAGAUUGCAGUGUUAGAAUAAAUGAAAGAUUAAACAAAAUGUGUUUUCUACCUCUACAAAAUGCUUCUUACUGGGCAAACUAUCAAAACUAGUUAUGUGUCAUGUCAUGAAUUGUUUCUACAGCCCACAAUACAGUGUUUGUAAACUGUUACAAUGUACUUUAUUAAAGCCAUUUAAUGUUAAGAUGGCAAUAAGAAGCAUGGGAGACCAACAAUAUGGCAUGGAUCAAUGGUAUUAGACUGACAACCAUUAAACUGAGCAAACAUGUUUGACAACUCGCGCUGCUACCAUGACAAUCACAAGUAAAAUAUAAAUAAGCCACUUAUUUUAAACUGUUGAGUAUGCCACACAGUAAAAACCAAAAACAUGAAUUCACUA